AUGAAGACAUCCAACCACCAUGUAGAGCGCGUGCAUCGUGACCUCGUUCACCCUCCUGUGCUCCCCAAGAUCCAUGCCCACUUUCCAGAACAUUCCGGCCUUAUUACCCUCGCCCGGGUCUUGGGCGUGGUAGCUGCGGGAAAUUACACAGGACGAUGUUUCCAUACCGCAUCUCUGGCAGCUCGGACGGAGGGAACCCCCUCUAUGCUGAUUGUUGCUCAGUCCAAGGCUCGCCAGAAUGCACGGGACCUCACCAGAAUCAUGAUACGGGUCUACAAUAAGAAACAGGAGCACGAAACACGAACCCAUAUGGGUUGA